CCACCGUUUCAUCUUUAUCAUCAUCAUCAUCAUCAUCAUCAUCACAUCAUCAUCUAUCUCUCUCUUAACUUUCCGUCAAAAGAUGAUACGAAGUUCUCUUUGUGAAUAUACACAUUAUACGUAGAGAAGCACACACACACUCUACUGUAGCUCUCUCAGAGACCAAAGUUCUGAUCAGAGUUAUCUAUCUCUGCCCCUGAGAUUCUCUAGAAGCUUGUUAAGUUCGUAUGAAUUGUCGGAAAUUAAGGUUUUAGUUUGUUAGUUUCCGAAAAAGGAAACAUUUUUGGAUUGGUAAGAGCUCUAAAUUUACUAGACAGGUUUGAUGGGUAAUAAGCUGGGAAAGAAGAGACAGGUUGUGGAGGAAAGAUACACAAAGCCACAACAAGGUUUAUUAUACAUGAACAAAGAUGUCGACUUCAAAAAGGUUAAGAAACUCAUCUUGGAGUCUAAGCUUGCUCCUUGCUAUCCUGGUGCUGAAGAAAGCUCUUGUCAUGAUCUUGAAGAAUGUCCAAUUUGCUAUCUGUACUAUCCGAGCCUCAAUAGGUCAAGAUGUUGUUUGAAAAGCAUUUGUACAGAGUGUUUUCUGCGGAUGAAGAAUCCUACUUCAGCUCGACCUACUCAAUGUCCGUAUUGCAAAACAUCAAACUAUGCUGUUGAGUAUCGUGGAGGGAAGACUAAAGAGGAGAAGAGCAUUGAACAAAUUGAAGAGCAGCGAGUUAUAGAAGCCAAAAUAAGGAUUAGGCAGAAGGAAGUUGACGAAGAGAAAGAAGAAAGAAUGCAGAAACGUCUGGAAUCACCUUCUUCUUCUAGGACAAGUGAAGUGACAGCUAAUACUGCAUAUGGUUCUGCUGCAGAUGAGGAUGAGGAAACUGUUUCAUCUCAAGACUCAUGUGUUACUUCACACCCCCGGGUUAGCAGGGAUGGUGAGUUUGACUAUGAUCUUGAGGAUAUAAUGGUGAUGGAAGCAAUAUGGCUCUCGGUUCAGGAACCUGGAAGUCAGAUGAAUAACUCUCCUGAAGAAGAUCAUAAUGUAGGACCAUUGAUGCCGCCGUCUUCAUCAUCUUCCCCAUCUGGUGGGCUAGCUUGUGCAAUCGCUGUUCUUGCUGAACGCCAGCAAAUGGUUGGCGAAUCUUCCUCCAAUCAAAACGUUAACAUUUCAUCACACAACAUGGGUCCGGGCAUGUGCAACAGCAGUCAUUACAAUGCCAUGGAACAAGAUAGUAACCAUUACCGUCAAGCAACAGGAAUCAGCGAAUCUGAUUUGACUGACGAUAGUGGCAGAGAGGUUUCCAGGGAAGUUACAUGGCAAUAGUGUUUCCCAAAGGAAAGCUAAAGCUCUUCAUAGUCUUUGCUUUAUGUAUAUGUUAGUGUGAGUUUGGUGAUCUUGGGUUGUAGUUUUCAGGAUGUUUGUUGAUCAUUUCAUACAUGUACCAAUAGGAAAAAUAUUAAAUGUUUUUCAGUUUUUUUUAAUAUAAAAGGUUUUUAUUAUCAAUA